AUGGAGCAUAAUAAAAGAUCAAAUAGAUUAGAUCUAGUUUCUAAAGAAGAUUAUAUUAAAUAUCUUGAAAAAGAAAUCUCAAUUCAGAAUAAGGAGCUAAAUCCAUUAAGAUCAGAAAUUUCUAAUCUUAUAAAACAGUUAGAAAAAGUAUUUAAAGAGUCAAAAAAUCAAGAAAAUUAUAUAGCUUAUUUAGAAAAGCAAUUAUCUCUAUCUGAAAAUCAAGCCAUGAUUCAAAAUAAUAGAAUUCAGCGAGAGAUUAAUAAUAUUAGACAGUAUUUUCAAAGUCCAGUCACAAUAGCAUCUACAAUAAAUGGUAUUAUAGAUUAUCUUAAUAUAAUUUCAGAUGCCGGCAAUAGGUUUGAAAGAUUAGUACUAGAUAUAUAUCUACAGGUGAAUACUCGUGCAAUUAAUGCAGAAAAUCAAUUAGCUAUGCUCCAAAAUGACUAUAACCUUCUUUACCAAGCUUAUGAGGCCCACAAAACACAACACAAUAUAUUUAAAUCUCAAGAACUUGAUGGUCGAAUUACAAUCCAUACACAAAAAAGACAAAUAUCAGAGUUGUUAGCAGAAAAAUUUAUAUUGUGUCUUUUGAAUAGACAAACUCAAAAGCAAUUACAAAAUUGUAAAGCUGAUGGAAAAACUCGAGCUCGAAAUUCUAAACAAUUAAUUAAUAAUUUGAAUCAACAAAUUUUACAAUUACAAAAUAACAUGCCAAUUUUAGUAAACAUGGCAACAAUACAAGAAGUAAUAGCUGUGAUAACCCUCUUAAUUGCACCAAUUCCACAAUAUAUUGGCCAAAAACCUCCAGAAGACUAUGUUAAUAAAAUUAAACAGUUAUAUAAUUGUGGUAGUACACUAGAUGUUGUGGCAGCCUUUAAUGAUGUUAUAAAAACCCAGAUUUUAGCUUCAAAGAUAGGAGGAAAAUAUAUACCACCCAAUCUAUUUAAUAAUCAAGCAGGAGUUGCAGUCAAUACACCAGCAUUGUUUUUAGCAUGGCUUAAUACAGAAUAUCAAAGAAAUAAUAUCGGUACUCAACAAAUCGCAACUCAAAGAUUAACACAAGAAAAAUUUAUGCCAUAUAAUACUCCAGAAACUUACGAAACAAGAAUCAAACCAUUUUUAUUAGGAGUACCAAAUAAUGAUAACUAUGUAUUAGGAUUACAAAAAAACAUACCUCCACCUUUACCUCCUGGUCAUGAGUAUCGACUUGAGGAAUUUUAUAUAAAUAAUUUUAUGAAUGAUCAAGCAAGACAGAUAAGAAUUGGAAUAACUCCUACCCCAUUAAGCAAAUUACCACCUGGAGGGAAAAUAAUUCAUCCAAAGUCUGAAAAAGCCAAAGCCUUACAAAAAAUAAUAGAUUAUACCAGAUUGGGUCUUGAUAUAGAAGAUGAAAGACCUUACGAUCCAAUGGAAAUUGAUCUUGCUAUUGUUAAUAUUGCAAGAAGAAUUGGAGGAAAUACUACUAUUCCUACUACGAAUAUAGUUAAUGCAUCCCGAACUGAAGAGGAAGUUUAUGAAAAGAUAGUUUAUGAGGAUAAGGAUAAUGAAAAUGUCGAGUAUGUAGAAGUUGAAGAUAGACCUGAAGAAAUGCUUUGCAAUAAUUCCACUAUAGAACAAAAAGUUAUUGAGAUUUGUAAAAAAAUUUUUCAAGAUGAGCUUAGAAAUAUUCUUAACAAAUUUAAAACUCUUUUAUCUUCUUAUAAUUUAUUACCAGAAUUAGCAAGCUCUAUGGCUUUAGAUGAACCUAUAGAUAUUAAUUUGGUAUGUCAUUCUGCUAAUGAUCUUACAACUGCUGAAUAUAGAAUUAAUAAUAUUUUAAUUCCCAAAAUGGUAUUGGAUGGAGGUUCUCAGAGUACUAUGUUAAGUAAAAAACUAGCAAGGCAUCUUAGAUUAAAAAUUGAUACAACCAAUCCUCCAUCUCUUGAGGGAGUUGCCACUAAUGCUAGCUCAUAUGGAUGGUGUUAUAAUGUACCAAUUACAUUUUCAAAUAGAUCAUUAACAAGAGAUACAGAUUAUACAAUAAUACAUAAUGUAAUAGUUAUUGAUUAUGACAAAUAUGCUUUGAUUAUUGGCACUAACUGGCUUGAUCUUGCUGGAGGUAAAGUAGACUAUAAAAAGUGUAAAUUUAGAGUUGGCAAUAUAUUUGUUCCUAUUUCAGUUCACAGAUCAAAUAUUAAAGUAAACUGCAUAACUACAGAUCAAGACUCAAAGGAUUAUUGCUCUGCAAUAAAAAAAAAAUAA